AUGACGGUGUCGGAGUGGGGCCCGGCCUACCAGCCAGGUGUCGGCCUCAGUGAGGAUCUCCUUGCAAGGGAAGUAUCUCUCGCCAUGGAAGCGUUGGCGUCUCCGUGCUAUUCCGACAUGGGAGUGGAUCAGAGUUUCUUCCGUCAGUGGGAGUUGAGUGCUUUUGAUCUUCUCGGUGCGCAACAACUGGAAGCGGCUUUUGGGCGAGAUUUGGAUCAGUCUCCCUCAUCCGAAAGCUACACCUCCUACCCUUCCUUCCAUCCGGCGGCCAGCACCGAAAGGCCCAAUAAGAUCGCCAAGACCAGCAGCUGGAGUUCUUGCACCACCUCGUGUCCAAGAAUUCUGUCAUUUGGCAACCCGGAAUCGCCCAUCUGUCUUGCUGCGACGGUGAAGCCGAAAGAAGAGAUGGAAGCCUUGAUCCUCGGACAAGGGGCCAAGAAGGUAAGCACGGGGGCUAAACCCGCCGCUCAGAACCAGGAACACAUCAUGGCGGAGAGGAAGCGACGAGAGAAGCUCAACCAGCGAUUCAUAGCGCUGUCUGCAGUAGUUCCUGGCUUGAAGAAGACGGACAAGGCUUCCGUUCUUGGCGACGCCGUCGAGUACCUGAAGCGGCUCCAGGAGAAGGUCAAGUCCCUGGAAGAUCGAGUAUCGAAGAGGAACGUGGAGGCGGCAGUCCUCGUGAAGAGGUCGCAGCUAUGUGCUGAUGAUGAUGAUGAUGAUGGCUCCCCCGGCGAUGAGAGCUUCAUCGAAGGCCAAGGAGGCCAGUCCCUUCCGGAGAUCGAGGCCAGGGUGUGCGAGAAGGCUAUCCUGAUCAAGAUCCACUGCGAGAACCGGAAAGGAGUGCUGGUGAAAGCUCUCUCCGAGAUCGAGACGCUCCACCUUCGCGUGAUGAACACCAGCGUCGUGCCCUUCUCUGGUUCUUCUCUCGACAUCACCGUGGUGACCCAGAUGGAAGAGGGAUUCUCCAUGACAGCCAAAGACCUGGUGAAGAAGCUGAACUCGGCUUUCAGACAAUUCAUGCGAUGA